AUGGGCAAGUUUAAUGUUUUUCUCUUGGCUGGCUUGGCCGCCAAGUUGGUAGCGGCCAAGGACGUCUAUCUUGAUUGGAACGUCACCUGGGUCAAUGCCUCCCCCGACGGAUUCGAGCGACCUGUGAUCGGUAUCAACAACCAAUGGCCCUGCCCCCAGGUUGAUGUGGAACUCGGAGACCAAGUAAUUGUCGAUGUUUACAACGGGCUGGGCAAUCAGUCCACCGGCAUCCACUGGCAUGGCUUCCGCCAAUAUGGUACCGGCAUCAUGGACGGCAGUACCUCCGUCACCCAAUGCCCUAUUCCUCCCGGACAGCACAUGCAGUAUCGCUUCGACGUUAACCAAACUGGAACUUACUGGUAUCACUCGCACAACAUGGGCCAGUAUCCUGAUGGGUUCCGCGGGGCAUUUAUUGUCCAUGACCCGAAACCACCAUUCCAAUUCGACGAGGAGAUCACUUUGACUAUGAGCGACUGGUACCAUGAGCAGAUGCCUAACCUGCUCAACCAAUACCAGUCCGUGGAAAAUGCCAAAGCUGGUGGAUUCGAACCGAUUCCUGACUCUGCGCUUAUCAACGAUUCUUCCAACACUAAGAUCAAGGUUGUGCCUGGCAAGACAUAUCUUGUUCACAUCAUUUGUCUUGGAAACUGGCCUGGUCAUGCUUGGGUCAUCGAUGGCCACGAGAUGACCGUUGUUGAGGUUGAUGGUGUAUAUGUUGAUCCUUAUCCUACUGGCGAUAAAAUGCUGCGCGUCGCUCCUGGCCAGCGCAUGGGUGUCCUCAUUCAUACCAAGCCAGAUGCCAGCCAAAACUUCGCUAUUUGGGAUACCAUGGACAUCAACAUGAUGUUCUUCUAUGAGAACCGUCCUAUUCCGCCUGGCUACAACCCUAAUGCCACUGCUUGGCUUGUGUACGAUGAGGCUAAGCCUUUGCCUCCCCCCCCCGGAUAUUCACCGGAGCGAAUCAUGCAACCUAUGCACCACCAAAUCAUAUUGAAUACCGGCGAUACCGUGAUUGAUGGCGUGAAGCGCUUCACCAUCAAUAACAAAACCUAUAUCCCCCAGGACGUCCCUACUCUAUACACGGCCAACACCAUUGGAUCGAAUCUCUCAUCUAAUCCUGAAGUGUAUGGACAAGUCAACCCGUUCGUCGUGCAGUAUGGUGAGAUUGUGGAAAUUGUCAUCAACAACCACCAUAACAAUCUGCACCCGUGGCAUUUGCAUGGCCAUCAGUUCCAGGUCGUGCAGCGCUCUGAUGUUAAUGGUGGUUUCUUUACUGGCGCCUACUGGCAAAACAUUUCCCACACCCCCGUUCGUCGUGAUACCAUUAUGGUACAGAACAAUGGCCACGCAGUGAUCCGCUUCCGCGCAGACAACCCUGGUGUGUGGCUUCUACACUGCCAUGUUGAAUGGCAUGUCGAGGCUGGUCUGACUGCCACUAUCAUUGAAGCCCCCGAGACAUUCCCCCAGUCCCAGAAAGCGCCCCCCAAGAGCCACUACGACGUCUGUGCUGCCUACCCUGACCCUAGCAAUGGAAACGCAGCUGGAAAGCAUGGUCUUGAUCUUGCUGGUGCUCAUACAAAGGUCACUCCCGGUGACAAUGGUGCUAUGUACCCAGACGGUGCGAAGCCCGUCCCGGUAUUGUCAUCUGCCGCCCCUCCUGUGGCUGAGUCCAGCACUGUUCCUCCUCCAGCUCCUCCCGCAGAAACCAGUACUGCUCCUCCGCCCCCGCCCCCAGCUCCUGAGCCUACUCACCCCCACGGCUCCCCUCCCUUCCAGCCAUCUGCACCCCAAGCUCCAGCCCCCAAGCCUACUGCCGAGCAGCCUGCGCCCAAACCAGCUCCUGCCAAGCCGGCGGCUCAGCAGCCAGCUCCCCAGCAACAGCCCGCCCCUCAGCAACAGCCCGCUCCAGCUCAGGCCCAGCCCAUUCCUGUUGCCGAGCCAGUCCCUGUUGCUGAGUACUAUCCUGAGCCUGAGCACUAUCCUGAGCCUGAGUACUAUCCUGAGCCUGAAGAACAGAACGAGCCUAUCUACGCUUCCGAGACUGAUGACUCGGGACCAUGGCCACAGCCUGGCACCGACCAUGCCCACGGACAGAUUGGUGAUGGAUCGGACGGUGUGCCGCCACCCUAUGGCGACACACAGGAUACCAAGGGUGAUUGGCCCAAUCCGCACACCGACCAGUCUACUGGUCAAGUGCCUGAUGGUCCUGACGGUAAGCCUAUUGUGGCGCAUACUGAGGAUACCAAGGGUCCCUGGCCCAACCCCCACACCAACAAUGGCUAUAUUGAGGAGGGCGGCCACAAGAUCAAGAUUCCUGAGGAUACCUACCCCGACCUUCCUAAGGAUUACCAGUACUGGGGCCAGUAUGAGCGAGAGCAGUAG